GAACCAGAUCUUACGAUACCGUCCGCGCCAUAUGAAUGUUCCGUUCUUGUUAGAUUCAAUUUGUGUAUUAACUUCGAUUCUUCGUUAAAUUAUUUGAUCUUAAGCACGAUUAACUGAAAAAUAACUUAAAAAUGAUACCUAACUGCAUCAGAAACAUAGGUGUCCAAACAUCGAAACGAAACUUUGGCAGUUGGAACGAGGUGGUAUCAUAUUUCUUCAACAAAAAGAAUAAUUAUGCUACAGAAGCUUCAUUUGAAAUGAAACCCUUUCGAUUACACAAAUUGGAUAGUGGACCCCCUACUAAAGUCACUAUUACCAAAGAUGAAGCAAUAGAGCUGUAUAAAAAACUACAUACAAUCCGCCGUAUGGAAACAGCUGCUGGAAAUCUCUAUAAGGAAAAAAUUGUCAGAGGCUUUUGUCAUUUGUACUCUGGUCAAGAAGCUUGUGCAGUUGGAAUAAGAUCAGCUCUUCGGCCACAAGAUUCUGUAAUUACAGCUUACAGAGCUCAUGGAUGGACCUAUUUAAUGGGAAUAGAACCAUUUGGUGUUUUAGCUGAAUUAACUGGUAGAAAAGGAGGAAAUGCAAAGGGUAAAGGUGGUUCUAUGCACAUGUAUUCCAAAAACUUUUAUGGUGGAAAUGGUAUUGUUGGGGCUCAAGUACCAUUAGGAGUAGGAAUUGCCUUUGCUCAUAAAUAUAUGAACAAUGGGGGUGUGUGCGUUACACUCUAUGGAGAUGGUGCAGCUAAUCAAGGACAAGUAUUUGAAGUAUAUAAUAUGGCAAAAUUGUGGGAUGUUCCCUGUAUUUUUGUUUGUGAAAACAAUGGAUAUGGUAUGGGUACUAGCGUUGAUCGUGCUUCUGCAAGUACAGACUAUUACACAAGAGGAGAUUACAUUCCUGGAAUUUGGGUGGAUGGUAUGGAUGUACUAGCAGUCAAAGAAGCUACCAAAUUUGCGAUUGAUUAUUGUACGUCUGGUAAAGGUCCGAUUGUUUUAGAAACUGUAACUUAUCGAUAUAGUGGACAUAGUAUGUCCGAUCCCGGUACAAGUUACCGUACAAGAGAAGAAAUCCAAGAAGUAAGGCAGACUAGAGAUCCUAUUACUGGUUUUAAGGAACGAGUACUGAACUCUAAUCUUGUCACUCCAGAGGAAAUAAAGGCGAUAGAAAACGAAAUAAGAAAAGUAGUAGAUGAUGCUGUAAAAGCUGCGAAAGCAGACUCUGAAAUUCCCUUGAAUGAACUCACUGCCGAUAUUUAUUGUAAUUGCGUAGAGAAAGAAAUUCGUAAUACCACUCCGUUUAACCCUUUGCCACACACGAGGCUAGGUGCAGCUAUAAACUCCUAACCUAGUUUUAAAAAUGAUCUUAAAUAAAUAGCGUAUUAAAUCUUGUUUAUUAUAGCAUUAUCUGCCAUAAAAAGAUUAAUAGUUAGUAUAAAAGAUUCUUGAAUAUUAACUCUAGUUCCUGGAGUUAGACAAGAAAAAUAGUAAAUUAUUAGAG